AGGAAAGCAGGCGCUGCUGGGCAGGCUCUUCUUCGUACGAAAUUACAUGAAGUCAUAUGGCGGAGAAACGAGAGGAGUAGAAGGCAAUGAUGACUGGAAUUGAUCGGGGAUCGGGAUUUGGAAUCACAAUGCGAGGCAGAAAAGGCAACCAAGAGAAGCGAUGGUGGGCGCUGGCUGCCAGUCGCUGGUGGAGGAUGCGAGUGCCACCUUGCGCAGAAACGGAUGGUCGAAAGGGCCGACGAGAUUUUUGUCCUCACAGCAUCGACGGCCACAGGCCGAGGGGACAUGCAUGCCAACUGCAGUAAGCAAGGGGCGCAGGAGCUCGCCCUCCCCUCCCUUCCCCACUCCACAGGACGUGAUCAUGCGAUGGCACGGGCGGCGCUCGCCCGGAAAGUGCCGAAAUUAGGUGCGAGGCCUCGACCAGCUGGCGAGCUGUCACUGGGCGCAGCUCGAAGCUUCCGAGGCAUGGGGGGCCGGUUUCCCUUCCUCCCUUCGCCUGGAGCAUGGGUCAUCGUGUCGUUGCAAUUUCUGAUUGACGCGCUUGGUCGUCCGGUGGCAGACGGGGAGACACUGGACGCGAAUCAUCUGCAUCCUUUUGAGAGAGCGGAUAAUGGAAGCUGCUCGUCGGAACAAGUGAUCAUCAUCACAAUCGUCCCCAUAACAGAACAAUACAGAAUAGGCGUUUUACUCUUACGUCUGGACUAUCAAAAUAGGUGCCGAACAGUCCAUGGAGGACAGAGGGGAGUCCACAGAUGAGGGUGACCCCAAGCAGCACCAGCAACAGCCGACAUUCAAUGAAAGUGAGGUCGACAAUCAAGUGGGGGCCAUCGUGGUGAAGGCAGACUGUGUUGCUGUGGAUGAAGAAAAGGUAGAGGAUAUCCCACAGGUGAUGAUGGAGGAUUCUCAGAAGCCGUCAUCGAACGUGACUGGGCAGGAGGUAAUAAAAGUGGGAAAGGAGAUCCUGUUACAGGCCUUUAACUGGGAGUCUCAAAAGCAUCAUUGGUGGAAGACUUUGGAAACAAAGAUACCACAGAUUGCUGCUGCAGGCUUUACUGCUAUAUGGUUACCACCAUCUUCAGAUUCUCUUGCUCGCGAAGGAUACCUGCCGAAAGACCUUUACUCGCUGAAUACCGCAUAUGGAAGCGAGAGUGAGCUGAAGUUGCUCAUCAAGACCAUAAAGGAUAACAACAUGAAGGCCAUGGCAGAUAUUGUGAUCAAUCAUCGGAUUGGAAGCACUAAAGGCGUCGGAGGUAUCUACAACAGAUACGAUGGGAUGCCCAUGCCAUGGGACGAGCAUGCCGUUACUUGUGAUACCGGUGGGCUGGGAAAUCCGAGUACCGGAGAGAUAUUUCAUGGAGCACCUAAUGUCGAUCACACACAAGAAUUUGUGCGGAAUGAUCUUAAGGAGUGGCUUCGGUGGCUGAUAAAGGAUGUGGGUUACAAUAGUUUCCGGUUUGACUUCGCAAAAGGGUACAGCGCAAAAUUCGUAAAGGAGUAUAUAGCUGCAUCGGACCCUAUUUUCUCUGUUGGAGAGUUCUGGGAUACUUGCAACUAUCAUGAUUCUUCCCUCGAUUACAAUCAAGACAAACACAGGCAAAGGACUAUCAACUGGAUUGACAACGCUGGCGGCCUUGCUUGUGCUUUUGAUUUUACAACCAAGGCGGUACUCCAGGAAGCAUGCAGAGCAGGUGAGUGGUGGAGACUCAGGGAUCCAAAGGGUAAGCCUUCGGGAGUAGUGGGCAUGUGGCCCUCAAGGGCGGUCACCUUUGUGGAAAAUCAUGAUACUGGAUCGACGCAGGGCCACUGGCCUUUUCCAAGUGAACAUAUUUUGAAGGGCUACGCAUACAUACUGACUCAUCCAGGACAACCUACAGUCUUCUAUGAUCACUUCUUUGACUGGGGGGAAAAUAUAAGGAAUGCAAUUAUUGAUCUGAUCCAAAUUCGAAAGAAGAAUGGCGUGCACAGCCGAUCUUCUGUAAGAAUCCUCGAAGCGAAUGACAGCGUAUACGCUGCAAGCAUCGAUGGAAGGCUGAGUGUAAAGCUCGGUGAUGGAAAUUGGGAUCCUGGUUGGGGCUGGAACGUUGCCACCUCGGGACCAUCUUAUGCAGUCUGGGAGAGGCACAUGUGGCCGGAGGGAGAGCAGCCCAAGAAGUGAAAACCCCACCCUACGAGCACGAAGUUACCAUCGUGGUCUAACUGGACUUGUUUCGAGAUAAACAGCGGAGUGUGCGAACUAAGUCAAGCAUAAGCUCUGUAAUGUGACAUAAUGGUAUUAUCAUAUCGAGUGAUUCUGUAAAGGGUCGUGAAAACAUUAGUCUCGGACGAAACUGAGAACGAUGUAGUAUGAAGAAGGCUUGGAAAUGGAAUUCCAGCUGCAGGUCAAGUCCAAAUGACAAAGUAGAAAUGUAUACUUGGUGUAGAAGUGGUACAUGUAGCGCGCUUUCAAAUAAAAAUUAUAGGCUCGGUAUUGAGGAAAGACGUAAAGUCCCAUGUACAUGUUCAUGAAGAGAAGUUGCGAAAGAAUCCGAUCACUGUGGAAUUAUAUACUCACAGAAGAUGUCGUUGCGUCUGUCCCAAUCAGGAUAAUUGGCAAGAGACAUGAAGGAUGCACGUUUCUUAACUUGUAUCUAACAAGGUGAUAGAGUAUGCAUCAUUACGCAAACUUCAAAUUUGAACAAGAGCUGUAGAUCAUAAUCUUUCUAUGAUGUAUAUAGAUCCUGUCAAUUGUUGUCAUGUUAUUCCGGUACUUCCGAUCGAGAUUGUGAUCGGAAGCAACAGCUUGAAUGUACUCUUUUGUGGCUCAUAUGAAAGCCAAACAAGCACGUACGAAGAAUC